AUGUCUCAAUCCAGAGCAGCCAGAGCCAUUGUUCAUAAGCCUCCUUUCAAACCAGAUAUAGACAGACCGUCUGUGAUUCUCUACGGAGCCAUGUCUGGCCAGAACAAGAACUGGCAAGGCGACCUUAUAAAUUCCCUGUCCGACCUAUCUGUCGCUAUCUUAGACCCACGUCGGGAUGAAUGGGACAACACCUGGGUCGAGGAUAUCUCCUUUCAGCCUUUUAGAGAACAGGUCGAGUGGGAGAUGGAUUACGCGCGCGUAGCAGAUGUGAUCGCAUUUUACUUUGCAGGCGAGGCUGAAGUGCUACAGCCAAUUACAUUACUAGAAUUGGGACUCUAUGCAGGCACAGGAAAGGCAGUAGUCUGCUGUCCAAAGGGAUUUUGGAAAAGGGGAAAUGUUCAGCUGGUAUGUGAGAGGUAUGGAAUCGAAAUCUGCGAGACACGGGAAGAGCUGGGGAAGAAUGUUAGGAUGAGGCUAUUGGCUAAGCUCGAAGGCUAG